AUGCGAGUGGGCGAGAGUGGAGGGAGCGGGGAGGAGCCGUUGCGUCCUCCUUCUCCGGGCUCUGGGCCAGCUGGCCGGGUCCAGCUCAGCCCCUCCGCGGAUAGGAGGCGGCAGCUGCGAAGACCCCCCCAGCCGAAGCCCCCGCCCCCCUCGCUGCGCAUCUCUGCUCCGGUGGCAUCUCCCGCCCCGGGGCACGCCCUAAGCCCGCACCUCUUCCUGCCGCUCCCCUUCUCAGCUAUCCCCUGUGCCGCACUUCAGACACCCCAUCGCUGCUGCGCGUUUCCCCCCGCUCCAGCUUUAUCUCUCCCCUGUCCCACGGAGAAAGGACAAGGCACGAGCAACAGGAGACAUGUCCAUCCACACAGAGUCUGA